GUAACUUCCGGUUGCUGCUUCCGCCUGCAGUUCCGAAUAUGGCGGCCCCUAAGGAGAAAGAUUCGCGGCCGGGGAAAAGUUCUGGAAAAGAAUCGCAGCCGCUAAUCAUCGCGAAGACGGCGGCGGAGGAGCAGAAACUUAAACUCGAACGGUUGAUGCGAAACCCGGACAAGCCUGCACCCGUACCCGAUAGACCCAAAGAGUGGCAGCCCCGUGCCCCCCCGGAGUUCGUGCGAGAUGUUAUGGGCUCCAGCGCCGGCGCCGGCAGCGGCGAGUUCCACGUGUACCGGCACUUGCGGCGGCGGGAGUACCAGCGGCAGGAAUUCCUGGAGAGGCUGAGCGAGAAGCAAAGGCUGGAUAUUGAAUACCUUGAAAAAUUAAAGGAAAAUAAGGAGAAGGCAAACGAGCAGACAGCUAAACGCAGGAAGAAGAGGGAAAAGCUGAAGCAGAAGAAGCUGAUGGCCAAGAAAGCCAAGCAGGAGGAGAAGGCUGACGAUUCUACUAGCGAAUCCAGCAGCGAGCAGGAGGGUGAGCAGGAGAGGGAGGCUGAGGAUGACGCUGAGGUCCCCAGCUUUGUGAUGGGCCACAGGUGACCAUCCCCUGCAGGCUGGAGGGGGCUAGCGGUCCCCAGUCAUAGCCAGGGGGUCGCAUUCGGUGGACACCAAGGAAAACUGGCCUUGUUUUGUUUCUUGGAUCCCGGACAGCCUGAUUGGUUGAGAUGUUUCCUGCCAGUGGUUAUAGCUACAGGACAGUGGUGGAGUUCAAGCUGUUUUGGUUUGUCAGGAUCAUGUCUGAAUGGCAACCGGAUGUUUGUUUAUUUUCGUUGUGUCACAUGACUGUUCAGAAUUCAUCAGGGGUUUGACAUGACCCCACAGAUUACUACCAUUUGUAUGCAUGUAUAUGCAUUUAAUAAAGACGUUAAGUACA